GAUCGUCUGUCUGUCAUCAUCUCCAUCGCUUUAGUGUUUAUUGCCUGACUUUCUGACGUCUCAUAUCAGCUAAACGCAACUAGGUAUGUAUCAUGGAAUCUCAACAUCAUCAGUCUGCUCUCUUCCAUUUGAAUCCUGCACAGUUGUCAGAAAGCCUCUCGAUGUUUAAUAUGGCGAUAAAGGAAGGUGGCCAGGAUCCGAAACAUGGGAAAUGAAAGACACGGGUACUGGGCUGUGCCGGGGUACUAGGCAGGCAGCAACGUGUUCAUCAUAUUUCCUCGUAUGUCCUCCAUCUUGCCUCAUGGCAUGCAUUCACUAGAUUAAGAAGCUAUGACUGGGCUAUCUGAUGCGUCCGCGUUGCACGUGUGCACCCCCUUGAACAUCCUACUCGCACUGCGUGAUCUAAUCACCCGUGUCGCCUGCAAACGUACUUGAACUGAUGGCCACGGCGCCCCCUCCCAGGAAAGGCUUCCGCGUUCGUGUUGGAACGGGGAUGCGCCGCUCCUCGUCGAACUGGAGUAUCCCGGGGUUGUUAAAUCGCUCAAGUCCAGCAACUCCCAUUUCCCCCGAGCCGGACUUCAUACCUAUCGCAAGAUCCACCUCUCCAAAGCUCAAGCGCGAUGGAUCGACCACGUCCCUGACGCAGGUCGACACUACACAUCCUCCUAGCCAAAGGAAUCUCAGUCCCGUCUCCUCUUCGCACAUGAGCCCAAAGCCAAGUCCGACCUUCCGCUGGGCCCGCGAGCGGGAGAUUGUUGGCAGCACGUACACCUGGAGUAACCCGAGCAGUGAAUUUAACCAAAGCGAGGCGAGCCUGACAACGCCUUCGGAAGACCCGUUCGCAGAUCUAGGUCCGGCUGCUCCGAGCCCCCAUCUUUAUCCCUCUCCACAGCCUGGUGUCAUUUCGUCAUCUAUUGUUGCUGAUGAUUUUGACCCUCGGUCCCCACGAGACGAUAGCACGAUAGCUCCUGCCGAGCUAGUGGCGGUACCACUACCCACCAUUUAUGAAGUCAUGCUUACCCCCUCCGUUCGACAAGUCUCUUCAGGCACUUCGAGUGACGACAGGAGUGCCGACGAGUACUUCGCAAGCAGAGACAUACCACGAGAUACAAACGAGCGUCACCCCUUGAUCCCUCGCCAACGUCACCUGGAUACGUGUCCAUAUGCUAGCUGUGGAUGGAUAGAACAGACGUAUCCUCUCGGCGGGAAAUACUUCGUGAAUCCGCGUAUCCAAGCUACGACCGACAUUGAUCUUCGGAACUUGACCAAGCUAGAAGCGGUCAUGUCAGUCGUGGAGACAGCUGGUAGCGCCCCUGAAGGGUGCGAAAUGUGGGCCAGAGAAGAUCCCACCGUGAAGAGGGAUCGGAGAAGACAGCAGAUGGCUGGAUGGCCCGUUAUCAGUUGGAUAGACCAUCGAAUCCGCAGAGUUUCGAGCGAAGUCCCAGGCGUUGAUGGAAUUAUCUUUUCUGGGGAAGAUGAUAGACUUGAUGACGAGUAUAGAUAUUGGUCGUUCGUGGAGUCUCACCCCGCGCACAUUUCAUUGCCGAGAAGUGCUCGGAAAGAAGCUAUAGAAGCUCUUCAUUGGUCUUACACAGACCUUUUGUUGGCGCAUCCUCAGCUGGUUUCCCCUCCCUUCAGCCAGGACGAAUGCCACAAGUCGUUGGUGCAUCUCAAUGACCCCAGCCUCCGGUCAACUACAACGCACACACAGAUGAUUGCCCGUAUCUUGCUUCGCGUCGUGCACUGGCGUCAAAUGCACUUCCGACCACACAAGCCUCUUCCCCGCGAUGUGCCCAUCAUGCAGCACCCAAAACGAUGCGUCCCCAAGGCUAGUAUGAUGCGGUGUGACGCAUUACUCUGUGCCGAUCGAGUAGUCGCAGCGGCCGAAUUACAUCAAUACAUAAUACGAUUUAACGAGGAUGCGGAGGACAGCUUUUCCCCAUGGUCCACUGCCUUCAAGAAGAACUGUACUGCGCGUUGUCUCGCAAAGGGAGAUGAGGCUGUUGCUGAGGGCAAUUAUGAGGCGGCUAUUAAACUAUAUUCGGCAGGGAUCUCGCUGGACUCCUUAUGCGAGUCCCUCCUUGCGCACCGCAGUAAGGCAAAUCUAGAACGAAAAUUCUAUGCCGAGGCCCUUCAAGACGCGGACAAGGCCACCGAACUCAACUCCUCCUCUUAUCUUGGGUACAAACUGAAGCAUGCAGCGCUUCACGGCUCACAGCGCUAUGAUGAAGCAAUCGAGGCCUUCAAAACCAUGCUCUUGAAGUUGGACGAUGCGCCUGACGUGCAGACACGAAAGCUACGUCAUAAAUAUGUCAGUCCAUCUGCAGUCAAGGACAUUAUUCUACGAGCCAUUCACGCUCAACUGGAAAAUGCCCCGCUUCGUCUACUUAAUACCUCCACCGGGCGUUUAUGCGAUCGAGAGGCACAGAUCAAUGCCUUUAAGGAAAGCACGGAAUACAAAGAGAUUCUGUCUUCGUCGAUGACGCACCUACCUCUCCAAACGGAGCCCAUCGAAGAAGCGGUCGUGAAGUACUUCAGUUGGGUCAUGUUAUCGCAUAAGUGGGAAAGCCAGGAGCCACGGCUGCAUGAUAUCCAGGACAAGAUCGUGUACGAUUUGGAUCCAGUCGGAACUGUAGUGAAGUUGCAGACAUUCUGCAAAAUCACUCAUGAUGCGGGGUAUCGCUGGGCGUGGAGUGAUACAUGCUGCAUUGACCAGACUAACAAUGUCGAGCUCCAACGGUCGGUGAACACCAUGUUUGUCUGGUAUCGCAACUCAGCUCUUACAAUUAUCUACCUGUCGGAUGUUCCGCCCUCAGCGCGGCCAGGCGCACUAGCAAACAGCGUUUGGAAUACGCGAGGAUGGACUGUACAGGAAUUCCUCGCUCCAAACAUCAUCCUCUUCUACCAAAAAGAUUGGACCUUAUAUCUCAACGACACCUCUCCCAACCACAAGAUGUCUGACGCUAUCAUGGCGGAGUUGAAAGAUUCAACAGGUAUAGAUGCACAGUCCCUCAUCGCUUUCCGUCCAGGCAUGACGGAUGCGCGAAAGAAACUACAAUGGUCAUCGACGCGUGCCACGACUUUGCAGGAAGACAUUGCUUACUCAUUGUUUGGCAUUUUCGGCAUCUACCUACCCGUCAUUUAUGGCGAGUCGAAACAAAAUGCACUUGGUCGGCUCUUGCAAGAGAUCAUAGCACAGUCGGGCGACAUCACAGCCCUGGACUGGGUCGGAAAAUCAUCCCAGUUCAAUAGCUGUCUGCCGGCCGAAAUUGCGUCGUACAAACCUCCGCCAUACACAUCACCACCCCUGUCUGAAGAUCAAAUACGGACAUCGGUCUCUUCGCUGCGAGAGAACUCCGCUGUUAUAGAGCUGGCUCUGCCACUGUACACUCAGCUUGCCAACCUGAACCCUCCUCGUUUCGCGAACAGCAGGUUGCGACUGCCUUGUAUCGCAUUCCCCGUCACAGCACUUAGACGAAGGCGUGGUCAAGACCGGGAGAAAUGUUUCAUUCAUGAUGCCAAGGUGGACGGGCUUCACAACCUGGUAAUCACCACCAAAGACAAACUGAUUCAGUUCUGGCCGGCACGGCCCACUCCGCGGACAUUCUUACUUGUCCGUCCGUGGAAUCGCCAUGAUCUCGGGCUGCCUGACUUUGCAGACGAGACGGAGAGCGAUUCUGACCCGCCUCCAUCAGACGAAUGGCUCGGCGGGUAUCAUAGAGAAGAUCAGCUGAUUGAUUCGGAGUCCCACUCACGAGAGUUGAGGUUAGUCGUUCACCUUGGACAGCCUUUUGGCGCACUUUUGUUGGCGCAGCAGCGUGG